UAAUAUUGAAUGCAAUAGAAAAAAAGUCCGAAGUUUUUAGACAAGCUAUUUGAUUUGCUAGAAGUAAUAAAUUAAUAUGAUUUGUUUAGUCAGAGCAAUAUAGGUUCUUGAGAUGGAGUGAUGAUGGUACAUCAUUUGAAGUUUGUGAUAUCAAGAAAUUGGAGAAAUAAAUACUUCGAGUAUUCUAUAAACAGAAGUCAUUUGCGAGUUUUAUUAGGUUAAUUUGGUUGUUUACUUUUGAUAGGCAAUUAAAUUUAUAUGGUUUUAAGAGAACAAAGAUUAGACGAAACAUCAAUGUGUUUGCUCAUCGUUAUUUUAUUCAAGGAGAGAAGUAUGAAUACUUAUAAUGAAGUAGAAAAUAGUUGAUAAAUAUCAUUAGUUAAAAUAAAAUGAAGGUCCUUGAAGAACUUAGCAAUUAGGAUAAUAAUCUGAAACACUAAAUUUAUGAGGCUGAGCAUCAGUAACUAACUGAAACUUUGAAGGAUCUUCAAAAUUAGUAAAAGUAAAUACAAUUGAAAUUUAAUGAGCAAAUACAUUUAUAGAUGUAAUUAAAACUUAGAAUUGUCUAAAUAAUGAACGUAAUCAAUUACUUAUGGAGUAGCAAAUUAAUACUCACGAUAUCACAAUAAAUAUCAAGGCCUAACACUCUUGUUAAUUGUUAUGUAAGGUAAUGCAAUUGAUUCCAAAUAACGAAUAACACAAAGAGGAAUUGGCUAUUAUUCGUAGUAUUUGCAAGGUGUUCAAUGAAUUUCAUUUGGAAUCCAUGUCUUCAUAUUUGGGCAGUCCAAAUGAGAGAUUGACUCCCUUGCCAUUUUAUUUAUAAGACUCAAGUGUUUCCUUGGAAUUUGGAAGCAAAUUAGGUUAAAACUAAUUUUAUGAAUUACUUCAAAGUCAAGCAACGAAGAUAUUUGAACCCUCCCAAGUAAAAUAACAAUUUAUGAUUUGA